UGUCGCUAUAUAUACUGCCAACCAUCUCUAUAAAGAAGCAUGAGUUAAAAAAGCAGAAGCACAAAAGAAAAGCUCCUGUCUUCAAUGGCACAAUUUGAGUCCAUCCUCAUGCUCGCGACAAUUUUCUUUCCUCUAUUUCUUUCGUACCUCUAUCAAAAUAGGAAGUCCCCGCCGAUCACCAACUGGCCUAUUAUUGGAAUGCUGCCAGGGCUUCUCUACAACGCAAGGAGAAUUUUUGCGUUUGCCAACGAUUGUAUCAGACAAAGUGGGGGCACUUGCGAGAUCAGGGGACCAUGGUUUCCAAGCUUGGAUUUCAUUAUCACGGCUGAUCAUAUGAAUGCCAACCACAUCUUGUGCAAGAACUUCGAUAACUACGAGAAAGGGUCUGAGUUCAAUGAAAUAUUUUUCGAUUGUUUGGGUGAAGGAAUAUUUAACUCAAACUCUGAUUCAUGGAAAAGCCAGCGGAAGGUGAUGUUGCUGUUGAUGAAAGACGACAAGUUUGUGCUACAUUUCCAGAGAAUCUUGCAUGAAAAACUAGAGAAAAGUUUAAUCGUAAUGCUGGAGCACUUCAUGAAACUUGGCAUUGAGGUUGACCUUCAGGAAGUAUUGCAACGCUUCAGCUACGACGUGGUGUGCAUGUUGGCAGUAGGUCUUGAUCCAAAUUCUCUUUCAGUAGAAUUAUCUGAAGUUCCGAUAAUGAAGGCAUUCACUCAAGCAGAAGAGCGUUUGUUGUACAGGCAUGUGAUGCCUGUGAGAUUGUGGAAGUUGCAAAGAUGGCUUCAAAUUGGAGAGGAGAAAAAGUUGAGCAAAGCUUUAAAAACCGUUGAUUCUUUUCUAUAUCAGUGCAUUGCAUCAAAACGAGAAAAAUUACGAUGCAAAUUACUGGCUGAGGAAGAUAAAUAUGACUUCGUAACAGCUUUUAUGGUCCAAGAUGAAGGGGAAAUGACUAGUGUUGAUGGAAAAUCUGACAAGUUCCUACGAGACGUUGCAGUCAACAUCAUGUCAGCAGGGAAAGAUACCAUAAGUGCCAGCCUUUCUUGGUUUUUCUGGCUUGUUGCAAUGAAUCCAUCCGUAGAAAGCAAGCUUCUACAAGAGAUGAGAGCUAAUUCUCCAUCAAUCAAUGAUGAGAAAAAUAUGUUUUUUAGUGUGGAAGGGCUGAAGAGAUUCGUUUACCUUGAUGCUGUUUUACGUGAAACAUUAAGGCUUUAUCCAGCAGUACCCUUUAACCACAAAACUGCAAUUCAACCAGACAUCCUUCCAAGCGGUCAUCACAUUAAUCGGAACACAAGGGUCUUGAUUAACUUCUAUGCAAUGGGAAGAAUGGAAGAAAUAUGGGGUGAAGACUGUUUAGAAUUCAAACCAGAGAGGUGGAUUUCAGAGCGUGGAGAUGUUGUACACGUACCAUCUCACAAAUUCAUAGCGUUCAACGCAGGGCCCAGGAGUUGUAUAGGUAGGAACAUAAGCUUCAUUCAGAUGAAGUUGGUCGCUAUCUCUGUGCUAUGGCAUUAUCAAAUUCAAGUGGUCCAAGGCCAUCAUGUUGCCCCGGGCAAUACCAUAGUGCUUCAUAUGAAGAAUGGUUUAAAGGUUAGGAUCAAGAAAAGGAGUGCUUAAGGGACUUACACGCAAGGAUGAAUUCUAGAAUAAGCAUUUAUGAUUAUUGUUGAUCAUCAUGAUAUCAAUUAAUAACACCACAAAUCAGCUGUUGCAGUGGUGGUAUCUUGAUUUAUGAAUAAUGUACGUUCCCGAGCUUUGAGAGUAAUGUUUAUUUCAACUGAAUUUUUAAUUGUGGAAGCAAUUUCUUCACUUUUGCUUCUAAUGUUAGCAAUUAAUGAAUCAUGAACUUUUAUUU